AUGGAUUUCGACACGAUCCGAUGGCGAUUCAGCCUCCGCAGUUUCGUGACCGCGGCAUCCAUCGCGGUCCAUGCGUCUUUCGCGCAAGAAUGCGCGUAUGAAGGAGGAUGGGCGCUUCGAAACGAUAGAUCAUGUCCGCCGAGCGCACCUGUCGAGUGUGGCACAGGAGCGCAACCGAGAUGCUGCCCCUCGGGUUUCAAAUGCACUGGAGAUGGUGAUUACGUGGGCAACUACUGUUGUGAAGGUUGGGACUUGUCGUUAAAAUACCCUAAGUGCCCUAAUUCAGACUGGACUCUCUGGGGGGUCGACGGAAAGCUCGACAAUGGUGGAUGGUGCUGCCAAUCCGGGCAAAACGGGACAUACCGCGAUAACUCGAACGGAAUCGCCCUGCUGUGUACUCCCGCGACGGCGACAGCACUUGCUUCGGAUAUCUUCUGGGCUGCGACAGGAUACGGAGCGAAUGGUGGCGGGGUGAACGAGCUCGCAGUUCCAGAGCCGCGGGUAGAGAUGGAUUCCGCCAUGCAACCGACUUACGAGCUUGAUGCUGCGGCAUCAAACACGCCCGAGCUAGACGCAGCGCACUCUGGUGCAAGACAGGCUCAGAGAGACGAUUUGAAGUACCGAUAG